AUCCCACUUUUUUCUUACUUUUUUAAUGGCGGUUUGUUUGAAUUUCUGGCGGAGCCGCAGCGACAACAGUUAUAGCGCGCACCAAAUUCGAUACUCGUGCCGGUGAUCUUGAAACCUCUCUUCCACAACCACAUGUGCAUAGAAAUUUGUCACCGCUUGCCCUUCUUUUGGUUUUGAUUCUCACAUUCUUCAUCCUGUUUUGCUUGCCUUUUUGUGAUUGUGGUGUGCUACGCGACUUUCACUGAGUUUGUGCUCUCAUUUGUUUCCAAAUAAUUUCACGGCAUCUGGUCUUUUUUACUGGUUUGUAGUUGCAAGAUUCUUGAGUUUGAUCGUUGAAGCUCUACUCUGUCUGUAAGUUUUGUUCCUUCUGAAAGAGUUUGAACCGGUUUCCUGGUUAUUUUCGAGCUUUCUUACGAUUUGAUGUUUCUGUAAUGCUACUUGGCGUUGAUUUGAAUUUUUAUAGUUUGUUUCUGAUAAUUAUUUUCAGUUUUUUAUUCACUUUCACUCUUUUAAAUCUAAUUCUCUUGAGUGAUUAAUGUUCAAUUGAAACUUUAGGUCGUGUGUGGUUAUCUAAUCCAGUUAGCUGAGAAACUGGGGGAAUUUUGGCAGCGCCUAUGGAGGUCAACGUAGGACAUCUGCAGAAUUUAUCAAUCCGGAUUGAUUCCGGAAUGUUUCUGAGGAAACCGAGUGGUUCGGUCCGAUUUCUUCUCCCAAUUUCUGAACAGCAGAAGCUGCCACCGGUGGUUUCAGCUUUUCAGCAACCUUUGAGACUUUCUAAUCGAUGCAGGACGAUCUCUGCUGGGGCCUCCUGCUAUCGUGAGAAUAUUUCAGGUUUGGCAUUGGAAACUGAAAAUUUUCAUCCUUUUGACAAAGACCUACUUUUAAAGAAUAAGUCACAAGAGGUCCAGCCCCAUCUAAAUGGAAAAUGCAUAUAUCUAGUCGGAAUGAUGGGCAGUGGAAAGACAACCAUAGGCAAGAUUUUAGCAAAAGAAUUGAGUUACGCAUUUUCUGACAGUGAUACAUUGGUGGAGCAAGAAGUUGGUGGAACUUCAGUGGCUGAAAUUUUUAAGCUUUAUGGUGAGGACUUUUUCAGAGACAAGGAGACUGAGGUAUUGAGAAAACUAUCAUCGAUGCACGGGUUUGUGAUUUCCACUGGUGGAGGUAUUGUUGUUCGGCCUAUUAACUGGAAAUAUAUGCAAAACGGGAUUAGCAUCUGGCUGGACGUGCCAUUGGAAGCCUUGGCAAAAAGAAUUGCUGCAGUAGGUACCGACUCACGCCCCCUCUUGCAUAAUGAGUCGGGCAAUGGCUACACAAAGGCUUUCAAACGAUUGUCAAUUCUUCUGGAGGAGAGGGGUGAUGCAUAUACCAACGCCAAUGUCAAAGUUUGUUUAGGAAGUCUUGCAGCCAAACUGGGUUUGUCAGAUGUAUGCAAUCUGACCCCUGAAGAUAUUGCUAUAGAGGCGCUUGUACAAAUCCAGCACUUUGUGGAGCAGGAAGAUGGUUAUUGUACAAGUUAAGACUACUGCAGAUCAUCAUCCGGUGUUUAAAGCCUCCUCUCUUCUUAAAGAAGCAUGGAAUGGCAUUGCUUCUACUCUUGCCAAUUGUAUAACAUGGGAUCAUCAGGUAUGAACAACCACUUGGAAUGGAACGUCGUCGGUGUUUGAAGUGUAUCUAUCAAAAUUUUGAGACAAAUAAAAUCUUCUUUUUUCUUAAUUUCUGGGAUAUAAUGUAUGAUAUUUAUAGUCCAUUGCAUUUGAAAUAAAAAGGCAACUUUUCAAGUUUUAA